AUGCCUCACAACAGACCUUGGAUAGUCAAAAUACAAGCUCAUCCCGGCUCUACGGCUGCGGAGAUUCACAAUGAACCAGAUUGGGUUGCUGGUCACCAGCACAGAGUUGGCUUCAGAGACCGGAACAACCGAUUGCCAGGAAUAACUCACAAAGCUGAUGAGCAUAGAGAACAUGUGUCACGGGAGAAGCAGAAUCAUCUCGCUAUGCAACAGAAGGCCAAGAGUGGAGAGUUAGUCAACUUUCGCGACCUAAUCGAAAAUCAAGAGGACUUCCACUUAAGAUACCCCCAGAACCGCUCACUGGGUUGGAGAUACGUCCUCAAUGCUACUGAAGAUUGGGUGAAGAACAAGGAGCAAUGGCCGGCAAAUCCCAAGAAGAAGGAACAGGACGAAGAGAAGAGGGAGCAGGAUGAAAAGAACAAAAAGGACGAAGGAAGUCAAAAGCCUGACUCCAGCCAACAAGAGCAUGAGUGGAAUCGCUCUUCUGAUAAGGGAAAACAUCAUGAUGCGUACGCGAAAAACAACAAGAACAAUGAGGGUCAAGAUAAAUCCACCAACGGGGAUCAGAAGAAGCCGCAGCUUUCGGACAAAUAUUCACCUGCAGAGAUAGCCCUUCUUCGAGCCCUUGAGUAUGAAAAGGACUACAUCACGCAACUCAAAGGAAAUGAUGGGGAUAGGAUAUCACCUCAGCACAAGAAUAUGACGCAAAUUUCCAUCGACGAGCAAGACCAAUUCAGAAAACACCCUCUCAACGCAGAACCUCCCUUAUCUCGUCUAUAUGACGCCGGUUUAAUCACACCCAACGAGCUACACUAUGUGCGAAAUCACGGCCCCGUGCCAAGGAUGCUGUGGGAAUUUCAUGAGCUGGAGAUUACAUACAAUGGGAACACACAGAAGCUCUCUAUGGAUAAGCUCAAGGAGUUUGCGACAAUCAACAUUGCCGUGGCACUCGCGUGUGAUGGAAACAGACGCAAGGAGCUCAACAUGAUCAAGAAGAGCAAAGGCUUCAGCUGGGGUGCUGGAGCUACUAGCUGUGCAUACUGGAAAGGCCCUCUUCUUCGAGAUGUGCUUCUCGCGCACGGCGUCCCCGAAACACCGCCAGGCCUGGGAAGUGUUCGAUACUGGGUCAACUUCGAAGGCGCCGAUGAUCUAAGUGAGGGGAAAUAUUCGACCUGCAUUCCGUUUGAGCAUGCCAUGUCUCCCAAUAACGACGUCAUAUUGGCUUGGGAGAUGAACGAUGUUCCUCUGCCUCCUGACCAUGGAUAUCCCGUUCGCGUUAUUAUUCCCGGAUAUGUUGGCGGAAGAAAUGUCAAGUGGUUGAAGAAGAUCUGGAUCAGUGACAAGGAAAAUGACUCUUAUUAUCACAUCUGGGACAACAGAGUUCUUCCCUCUUUUGUCACUGAGAAAGACGGUCCUUUUGCAGAAGCGCUGUUUAGACACCCUGAUACUGCUUGCAAUGAGCAGAAUCUCAACUCGGUCAUUGCUAAGCCUGCGCAAGGUGAAGAAAUCCCUUUAAGCAACAUCAAGAACGGAGGUAAUUAUCGCAUCGAGGGCUAUGCCUAUGACGGUGGAGGCCAUCAAGUCCAACGCGUCGAAGUCUCUCUCGAUGGUGGUGAAACGUGGCUCUACUGCAUGCGCACAUUCCCUGACUAUCCGAUUCGUCAUGGGAAUAAGUUCUGGACGUGGCUUCACUGGCAUGUUGACGUUGAAUUAUCGCACGUCCUCCGCUCGAAGAGUAUCAUGGUUCGUUGCUUCAACGUGUUCAAAAACACACAGCCCAGGGAGCCAAAUUGGAAUAUCAUGGGUAUGAUGAACAAUUGUUGGUACACCGUACUUCCUGAAAUCAUCGAGGACAGUGGAUCAGAUACGCCAGCUAUUCUGUUCCGACAUCCUGCUGAACCAGGGACGGGAAAAGGCGGAUGGAUGAAACCAAGUGUGGAAAACCAGAUGGCCGAGGUGAAACAACAAGCCGGCGCACCUCAGAAGGAAUUCACUCGCGAAGAGAUUGAGAAGCACAAUACCCAAGAUGACUGCUGGCUUGUAGUCGAUGGUAAGGUCUACGAUGCUACGAGUGUACUAGAUUGGCACCCUGGAGGCAUAGCUUCUAUCCUUGGCCAUGCGGGAAAGGUGCACCAAGAGACGAGUGAUGAAUUUGCCAGCAUCCAUGAUGAAUAUGCUUACAAAAAGCUCAAAGAGUGUGCUCUUGGGAUAGUGACCGAGAAAGCAGCCAACUUCAUCAAACAAAAUGCAGAGGCCGCGGCCAAAGAAGCCAGUGAGACGAGUGACAAAGAUGAGCAUCUAGCGCUGGAGAAACAUCGAUGGAUUCCAGUCAAAUUGGUCGAUCGUAAGGAUCUCUCGAAAGACACAAGGGCUUAUACCUUUCAACUUCCAGAAGGUAAACCCAUUCUCGGCCUUGGAACAUGUCAACACGUCCAGAUUGGCUUCCAUAUGCUAGACCGGAUGCUCAUUCGAUCAUACACGCCCACCAAGCCUCUUCUUCCAGCACCAGGCGGGGGUCAGGAGGUAGACAGUAACAAAAAGGCACUUCAGGACGGAGACGGCACAUUUGAACUCACAGUCAAAACAUACUUUCCCGAUGAGAGUCAACCCGGUGGCGCCUUAUCCAACAUUCUAGAUUGCAUGCCCAUCGGUCAAGAAGUCGAACUCCGCGGCCCAACAGGCGAAAUCAUCUACAAUGGGAACGGAAACUUCACCAUCGAGAACCAAGAACGUCACUUCGACCGCGUGUCCCUCGUCCUGGGUGGUUCUGGUAUAACACCAGGCUACUCCCUCCUCGCUCGAAUCCUCUUAUCCAGCGGUGACAAAACAAAGAUUCGAGUCGUAGACGCUAACAAAACCGAAGCUGAUAUACUCUUGAAGGAUGAACUAGAUGAGUUUGAGAAAACAUCUAAUGGGCAGUUGGAGGUUACUCAUGUGCUUAGUCAUGCCGGUGAUGGAUGGAAAGGAAAGAUAGGGCAUGUGAAUGAGAAUAUUAUCAAGGAGAGUCUGUUUGAACCGUCAGAGAAGAGUGCUGUCUUUCUUUGUGGGCCGCCGGCCAUGAUACAGAAGGCUGCUCUGCCGGCGUUGAAAGAUUGGGGCUUUGUCGAGGAUGAGAAUAUGUUUGGUUUCUGA